AUGGGUUGCCAAGGAAGCAGAGCUGAACUGUCUGAUGAAGAGCGUGUAUUGCUUUGUCAGGAAGCACAACUGAACUAUGCUCACAAUAACUGCAAAACUGUGGAUUUUUGCAAGCAUAAAUACUCAGCAGCUUUUGAAAUUAACGCUGAACAGUGGCGUGAUAUCGUUUCUUAUCUAGCCUUCCUUCAUCUAAAUAUUUUUUUAAUAAAAAUAAUAAAAUAAUCCAAUAUAAGAAAUAAAAAUUAUUUUUAUUUAAAAAUAUCAGAGUAAGCCUCAAUGUCGAAAGCACUGCCCAAAAUCCAAAGGCUGCUGAUUUCUUUACCUCACUAAAGAAUAAGGAUGGAAAAUUCCCACUUCGCAUAAUGCUCGUUCUUGGAGCAAUGCUAAGCCAAGGAAGUGCAAGAGAUAAAGCAAAACUCCUGUUUGAGACAAGAGAUCCAAUGGAUACAAAAGAACUUCACAGAGCUGAAAUCCACGCUUUAGUUGCUGAAAUGGUUGACAUUGCUAUUAAUAAACUAACCCUACUUCAUGGGCCUGGAGCUACAGUUACUGAGGAAAAAUGGGCAAAUUAUGUGAGGCUUCUAAAUGAAUAUAAAGAUAAAGGCAUCCUGCAGAUCGUCAAAACUUUCCUUAUUCCUCUCUUUUGUUAGCGAGUAAGUUUUUUUUUGCUCCUAAUAAGGGUUAAUUUUUUUUAAAAAUUUAUAAAUAUUUGAAAAGGAAAAUCUUAAGUUGUCUAAAUUGAAUAAAUUUAGCUGAGAUCAUCAUAAUUAUUAUUUAUUCAAAAAAAUUUACUCGCAAAAGGAUGGUUUAAUUUUUCUAAAGCUUUUGCUGAUUAAGUAAGGAGAAGCUAGCGAAGAUAAAAAAGGAACCAAAAAGACAGAGGAAAAAAAGGAAGAGAAAAAAGAAGAAGAGAAGCACGAGGCUAAAGUUGGAGAAGCCAAACCAAAAGAGCACAUUUCUUUACAAGAUUUCCUUAAAGUCUUCGAUGAGGAAGAAAACUCAAAUUUAUUGACUCCUCAUGGGAUUAGGCUUGUAGUGCUAAGCCAAAGACCUGCAAUUAUUAAGACUCAAAUGACCGAAAUUCUUGGCAAAAGCAAGAAAACUGAAAAGGUUGAAGUGAAAGGUGGGGUAACUGUUGAGACUAAAGUGGAGGUGACAGAAGAGACGCAUAAUAAGGAAAAGCACCAUAAAGAAAAGCACCAUAAGGAAAAGAAGGAGGGAUCAUCAUCCAGCUCAUCGUCAAGUUCCUCAAGCGAUGAUGAUAAAAAGAAAGAAAAGCAUAAAGAACAUCAUGAAGAGCACCAUGAAGUGCACCAUGAAGAACAACAUCACGAAGAGCAUCACGAAGAGCAUCAUCAUGAAGAGCACCAUGAAGAUCAUAAAGCAGAAGCUCAGGCUUAA